AUGUCUUCUAUACUGGCUUCUUCCAGAUCCACUUUAACACGUAGUCUACUGCAAAAUGCAUCAUCCAGACCUAGUCUGCUGGCGGUGGCACGCAAUUACAGCAAUGGCGAAAAAACUCUAAAGGAGCGUUUUGCCGAGUUGUUUCCAGCCAAGGCCGAGGAGAUUAAGCAACUCAAGAAGGAAUACGGUGACACAGUGAUUGGAGAGGUUCAAUUGAAGCAAGCGUACGGUGGUAUGCGUGGGAUUAAGGGUUUGGUGUGGGAAGGCUCCGUGCUGGACCCAGAAGAGGGUAUCCGGUUCAGAAACCGCACAAUCCCCGAGAUCCAAAAGGAACUGCCCAAGGGUGCUGGUGGCUCCGAGCCCCUGCCAGAAGCGCUUUUCUGGUUGCUGUUGACCGGCGAGAUCCCCACCGAGACCCAAGUUAAGGCGCUUUCCGCGGACCUGGCGUCCCGUUCCGAGCUUCCUGAGCACGUUUCGGACCUGCUCGACAGUUUGCCCAAAGAUUUGCACCCUAUGGCGCAGUUUUCCAUCGCAAUCACUGCGCUGGAGAGCGAAUCCAAGUUCUCGAAGGCGUACGCCCAAGGUGUCAACAAAAAGGAUUACUGGAAUUACACUUUCGAGGACUCCCUAGACCUUAUCGGUAAGCUACCUGUAAUCGCCUCCAAGAUCUACCGCAACGUGUUCAAAGACGGCAAGCUCGUGGCCGUGGACCCUAACGCCGAUUUCGGUAAGAACUUGGCUCACCUACUGGGCUACCAAAAUGAUGAGUUCGUCGAGUUGAUGCGCUUAUACUUGACCAUCCACGCAGACCACGAAGGUGGAAACGUGUCUGCUCACACCACCCAUCUGGUUGGCUCUGCUCUGUCCUCUCCAUAUUUAUCUUUCUCCGCUGGUUUGUGCGGUUUGGCUGGUCCAUUGCACGGUCGCGCCAACCAGGAGGUUUUGGAAUGGCUCUUCAAGUUGAGAGAGGAGGUCAAGGGUGAUUACUCUAAGGACACUAUAGAGAAAUACUUGUGGGACACUUUGAACUCUGGUAGAGUUGUGCCCGGUUACGGUCACGCCGUCUUGAGAAAGACCGACCCUCGUUACACCGCUCAACGUGAGUUUGCUCUAAAGCAUUUCCCAGACUAUGACCUUUUCAAGUUGGUUUCUGCCAUCUACGAUAUUGCCCCUGGCGUCUUGACUAAGCACGGUAAGACCAAGAACCCAUGGCCAAAUGUCGACUCCCACUCUGGUGUUCUAUUGCAGUACUACGGUUUGACCGAGGCCUCUUUCUACACUGUAUUGUUCGGUGUCUCCAGAGCGUUGGGUGUAUUGGCACAAUUGAUUAUCGACAGAGCCGUUGGACAACCAAUCGAGAGACCAAAAUCCUUCUCCACUGAAAAGUACAUCAGCUUGGUCAAGUCAAUCAACGCCAAGAAAUGA